AUGCUUUGGGACUACAUCUUUGUCGGAGGAGGCCUUUCGGCCGCCGUCACCUCCAAUCGCCUGCUUCAUCACCACCCGGCGCUGAAGAUCCUCGUCAUCGAGGCUGGCGCAAACGCCAACAAUGACCCGAGCGGGAGGCCAAUACGACUGGAAGUACAAAAUGUCCCGCAAGUGCAUCUAAACAAUCGACAAAUUGACCUACCCUGUGGGAAAGCGCUUGGUGGUGGUACCGUGAUCAAUGUCGGAGGAUGGAGCCGAGGUGCUAAGCGGGACUAUGAUCUCUGGGCAGAAACGGUUGGCGAUGAUCGCUGGAGCUACGACGGCUUGCUUCCUUACUUCCGCGAGACCGAGAGGGUAGCCAAUGCCUCAAUCAACCCCCAACAGCACGGUGGAGAUGGUCCUGUUUAUAUCCAGGGUAUCAUCUCCACCGAGCGCCAAUUUCCCUUGCGCGAAAAGGUUCUCGACUCUUGGAAGGACGUUGGAGUGAAUAGUCUGCCCUUUUUGGAUGGAAAUGCCGGGGAACCAAAUGGCGUCGGCGACUUGUUCGAGAACAGACGCGAGGGUCGUCGCCAGAUCGCAUCCGUUGUGUAUCCCCUGGACGGCAUUUCGGUCUUGACCGAGACGCUGGUGGCCAAGGUUCUUUUGGAGCCCAAUGCCAAUAGUCGCAGACCCCAUCGAGCCGUCGGUGUGCAGCUUGCCAAUGGCACUGAGAUCAAGGGCAAGGACGUCAUUCUAUCUGCAGGGGCCAUACGCACACCCCAGGUUCUCAUGCUGUCUGGUAUUGGGCCUCCUAUGGAGCUGGCCAAGCACAAUAUCACCCCCAAAGUCAUCUCCCCAGAUGUUGGACAGCAUUUGGUUGACCAUGGUCUCUUUCCCGUCCAGUGGAAACUAAAGGAUCCUUCUGCUGGUUACGCUAUCGGGUCGGGCAACCUUCUCUUCAAAAAGGCCCAGUAUGGCUGGGGCAUCCCCGCUGACUUUCUCGUAUCAGCCGGUGUCGGUGAUAAAGAAGGCCUCGCAAAGGCAAUUGAAGAGGACGAGGGUAGCAAACCUGACCUCAAAACACACCCGUUGCUCAAUCAAGAGCGUACGUUCAACGAGUACAUCGUUGUGUACGCUGGUUUGCCAGAUGGAUCUACCAUUUCCUCCCUCAUGGUUCAUCUUCUGCCCACAUCGCGCGGAAGCGUCACGCUCGCCUCCUCUGAUAUAAAAGAUGCCCCCUUGGUAGACCCCAAUUAUUAUGCGACGGCGGUAGACAGAUUUGUUGCUCGAGAUGGAAUGCGACGCUUGCUUGCAUUUGCUCUGGGACAGACCCCCCUCGGCCGCUAUGUUGUUGACGGCGAUGCUGGCGCGCUGGGCUUUGAUGCGCCUUUCGGACUUGAUUCGACAGAUGACUAUAUUGACAAGCGAUUCGCCGCUGCUUUGGGAUCAACCCAUCACCCCAUGGGCACGGCUGCAAUGGGCAAAGUCGUCGAUAACAAGCUGCGCGUCAAGGGAGUGGCCGGACUUUCCGUUGUUGACGCUUCUGUUUUUCCUGUUGCCAUCACAGCCCAUCUGCAGGUUGCCACUUAUGCCAUGGCCAAUUUGGCAGCAGAUAUUCUCUACAGGGAGCGAGAAUGCAAAACCCGAGCAAGUGGCAAUCUUGCGAACGACUACCUGCGUUAG